AUGAUCCUCCUGGAAGCAAUACGCGUUCUCCUCCUUCUAGUCGCCGACUACAACUCACGGUACGGCGAUGGAGCCAAUGGAGCACAGGCGAAUUGGCUCGAAUACUCAUUUGGAGACGCGCCGGCUGUCGAUCCUGCAAGACGCUGGUGA